CCCCCCCGGCUCUCUUCAAGCUUCAGCCACAGACGCAGGCAGCCAUGAGGCAGUGGAAGUCGCUGGUGCCGGCGCUGCACCUGCACGCCCCCGCGCCGUCCUGCUUCCCGCAGCCGCCGUCGCCGUCGCCCUGCCCCUCGCCUCCCGCGGAGGACCAGCUGCCCCCUCCCCCGGAGUACCAGCAGCAGGAGGGGAAGGUGGUGCGGCUGGUGGGGUGCGACGGGCGGGUGCGCGCGUACCCGCCGCCGGUCACGGCGCGGGAGCUGAUGCAGCAGCACCCGCGGCACCUGGUGUGCCGCGCCGACGCGCUGCUCAUCGGGGAGAAGAUCCCCGCCGUCGCGCCCGGGGAGGAGCUGCAGCCCGGGCAGGCCUACUUCCUCCUCCCGGCGCACCUCUUCCGCUCCGUCCUCUCCUUCGUCUCCCUCGCCUCCUCGCUGCUGCUCCUGCUGUCGACGACCUCCUCCGCGGCGGCCGCCGGCAAGGGCGCGGGCGGCAAGGGCGCGGGCCGGCCGUUCGAGCUCCACCGCACCGCGUCGGGCACGCUGCAGAUCAAGUUCUCCGACGACUUCCUCGUCGGCGGCGGCGGCGGGGGCCCGGACGGGGCCCCCGAGGACGAGGCGCGGCUGGAGCCCGCCGUGCUGCGCGGGGACGCGCGGCUCGCCAAGGAGUACGAGGAGCUCGUCGGGUACGGCAAGUCCCGCCGCUGGGCGCCCAAGCUGGAGACCAUCGAGGAGGUCGUCGCCGCCGCGGCCGCCGGGACCGGGGCCGGCGCCUCCGCGGCGCCCACCAGCGGCCCGGAGCGCAGGAGGAGCCGCGCGCUGCCGUUCCUCGGGCGCCUCGGCAGCCGGCGCCGGCGGGACGCGUGCGGCGGCGGGAGCGCCGUGGCGUGCUCCGGGUAGCUAGCCAGUAGGAUCCGGGUGGGGCGGUCCGGGUGGUUUAGGUAGCUUGCCCGGCCGGGCCGGGCGCCCUUGAUCUGUAAUUAGGGGAGACAAAUUUUGGUGCCGGUGAAUGAAUCUGUAAAAAUGGGGUGGCCGACAGAUUUUCCUCCGCCA